UCACUGUCGCGUGCUCGCGAGGAGUCCCAAUGUCGACGCCGCGCCGCGCCGUGCACAAAAUGACAAAUCGAGUAGCCUUGAAUAGAGAUUACGAUACAUUAGGAGAGAAAACGUGACGACGUGUACAGAGAAGGAGAGGAGAGGAGAGAGAUCGCGCGGCGAGGAUCGGUCGCGUGACAGACGAGCUUCGGGCCCGAGCGAAAGGUUUCUCGCAUUCGGUAAAUCGCAAAUCGAAUUAAGCUCUCAGCCAGCACGCUAUCCUCGAUCCGAAAUGUCGUGGACGUAUAAAAGGGAGCGAUAACGGUGCGGCCGGACAAGUGAGUUGCGGAACGUACGCCCAUCUCUUCGCGCCGCGUCUCACUUCAAUCUAGGAACCUCUCACCGGCUAUUACGUACGGCUUUAAAGUGUACAUCUCGUCCAGGGAUUCGUCGUCGUCCGUGCCAAGCACCGGCAAGUCAGUCAGACCGCGAGAUAAAGGAGAAAAAUCGUCCCACGUAUCGGUGGCGUUCGUCCGAUCGUUCAUGUUCGCGAGUUAACUCGGAAAACCAGCCGGCAAACUUCAGCAGGGGGGAGGGGGGGUUGCAUCAAACGGUGCAUCGACCGUGCACUUGUCAGCCCGCGACUCGACUUACGUCGAAGGAUGUUGAUGCACAAUGGUAGUGGUAUCGUGGCCGGGCCAUUGGCUUUCACCGGCAGAGUCAGAGAUGUACAGCCGCUGCAAGAACGCUUUCUAGGGUGGAACUUUCCCGCCGAACACGCGGACCUCGUGCAUCCACAUUGGCACUCAUUUCUCCCGCCUGAAAGAUUAUGGCACGUCGCCUUCGCAUUCAUUUACCUUUUGCUCCUGAUGCUGUCCCUCGUCGGGAACGGUAUCGUUAUUUGGAUUUUUAGCACAUCGAAAUCACUGAGGACACCAUCAAACAUAUUUAUCUUGAAUUUGGCCGUGUUCGACCUACUGAUGGCAAUGGAGAUGCCUAUGCUAAUCAUAAACAGCUUCCUGGAGCGAACGAUUGGUUGGGAGACCGGAUGCGAUGUGUAUGCUUUGUUCGGUGCGAUUUCCGGAAUGGGACAAGCGAUCACCAACGCGGCGAUCGCUUUCGAUCGAUACAGAACAAUUAGCUAUCCGAUUGAUGGUAGACUAAGUGGGAAACAAGCUAUGGUGCUUACUCUGUUUACGUGGUUUUGGGCAUUACCAUUCUCGAUAUUGCCCAUGACAGGACUAUGGGGUCGAUAUGUGGCAGAGGGUUUUCUCACCACAUGUAGCUUCGAUUAUCUCACGGACGACAAGGACACAAAGGCAUUCGUAAUAACGAUAUUCUUCUGGGCAUACGUUCUUCCUAUGUUGCUAAUUAUAUACUUUUAUUCGCAACUGCUGAAGUCUAUUUGCGCUCACGAAAAAAUGCUUCGCGAUCAAGCUAAAAAGAUGAAUGUCAAAUCGCUCGUGUCGAAUCAAGAAAAAGAGAGGAGCGUUGAGAUCAGAAUCGCGAAAACCGCAUUUACGAUUUUCUUCCUUUUUAUUCUUGCAUGGACACCGUAUGCGACUGUCGCUUUAAUUGGAGCCUAUGGAAAUCGCGAAAUACUUACUCCGCUGUCAACUAUGUUACCAGCCAUAUUUGCCAAGAUUGUGUCGUGCAUCGAUCCGUGGAUAUAUGCAAUCAAUCAUCCUAGGUAUCGACAAGAACUGGUAAAGCGCUGCAAAUGGAUGGGAAUUCGAGAAGAAAUAGCCGAGGAUAUCGUGUCGGCGCAGACGGAGAAAAUAAAUACGGAAGAAACGUAAUCUCAUUGUUGAUCAACGUCAUUAACUGCUGUCGAGAGGAUAUCGAUCGAUCGCAUUUGCAUUCCUACCACAAAUGCAACUUCGACCAGUCGCCUAGAUAUUUUCAUUUUUUUAAAACAAAUCUAAUUGAAAAGAUAGCUAGAUGAAAAUUCCAUUUUAAAAGACUAUGUAAAUAAAAAAAAAACUUGUUUAGUUUAUGCAUAUCAAUCUGUUACUACAAAUAUAAUUAGAGCAAAUAUGAGAAAA